GGAAGACAUACAGCAUCUCGAGGCUUUGCACCAACAGAUGUCCCGGUAUAGUCUGACGGAGCUGUCACCGUUACCACAACCGACCCCACGGUCGCCACCCCAUGGGGACCCUUUCGCCGCGGUCGAACGCAAACGACAUCGGGUUGCAGGGGGCCAACUUGGAUGGCUACUAAGUUGGUUUGUUGAGGCGCGGUCGUGGCUGCCUAUAUAAGACGAGAGCCGGGGAGAAUCGGGGAAUUCGGCUUCACACCCACGCACCGGCAGGCACGACCACGACAAAAUCAGUAGUAAACUUCUAAAACAUGGUAACAACUGGCUUUCUCUUAUUCUUGGCUUUGACUUAACGUUGUAACAUAGUCAUACUAUUCGCAAGCUGUCAAAGACGGCACUACACAUGCAGGAAGUAGCGGUUAACAACGGUAGAAACAGCGCUUGUAUGCCGCGGAACGGACUAGGGUUUCCGCAUCCACUCCAGAUUUGCGGAGUGACUGCAGAACACGCGUAGAAUGCGUCUCUCGUGCCCACGGCCGAACCAACAGCACACACACUGCCAUCACAGAGAACAUCAUCCUGCCUACUAUAGUGACGUCAAUGUCCACUGUAGCGAUGCUGCGCUCGAGCUCAUUAACAUUGAUAUCGAGUGAUAAAACCCCCCCAUAAUCAACACCAACCCGUUAAAAUCUAAUUUAUUUCCAUAAUUUGAUAUGUAUUUAUUGUAUUACAAUCGUUUUUUUAAAUAAAAUCACGAGUUAUUAUAACGUAAAAAUACGUCAAAGUUGAAAUGUGCCGUUUUCCUCAUUUAUGUCACUUUUUGGUCACGUGACUACUAUCGCUGGCCCGCCCCCCCGACUCAAGAGCAUCGCCAGUGUUUAAUAUUGAAAAUGUCGCAAGCUCAAUUUCUAGGAGAACCUGCGAAAAGAUUUUCUCAAUUCGGUGCGGAAUCGAAUCAAAUAGUAACUAUGUAGCGAUGCUGCGCUCGAGCUCAUUAAUUAGGCAUUAUAAAUUAGGUUUAUAAAACGCAUGUGCGAGACGAACGCGUUGUCAGCGCAUAUGGGUAGCUCGCUGGAUAAACCCCCAUUUUUGAAGCAUUCAAAUUAUUCGCUUCCACAGUAUGUCGCGCUGAUGUGGUUUUUGAUGAAUACCGGUCGUGGCGUUGUCGCGUGCAUGGUAGCCACCAAGUAUAAGUCGACACUCAUACCGCACCCACUGUCCGCAUCUAACUGUGCGUCCCUCGGGGUUGGCAUCGUGCCGCUGCCACCAACGGGUGGCGUACACGAGGUUGAUGGAUGGUGGGAGGCGGAGGCGGUAGCUGACCACACUCAAAUUCUUGAGCCGUUACUGGACUCACCCCUGGCGAGCCACCGUAUGCCAGCCGGGCUAUAUGUUCGGGGCGACACGUUGGUCAUCCCGGCUGGGCAUGCGGCCAUAAUUUCCUGGCUGGAGGUGUGGCAUUGCUGGCGAUUCCAGUGCCAGUAUUUCUGGGUCAGCCGGGUGCCACCGCCUAAGCACUUCUGCUUCAAGGCGUUCGCAAUCCCCAUCAACUACGGCGCCGACAGUCGCGAGGAGUGGGACGAGGACCGCACGGGGCACCGGAGGGACACCGGCUAUGAUUCACCGGAGGAGCCGGUGAACGAUAUCGCCCACCAUGAUCUUGUCGCAAACGCCGACGCUGAUCUGGACGCCAAGUGGCCGUGAAGGUCACCGAUGUCUGCAUGCCGUCCGCGUCCGCUCCAGGAUUAGCGACCCGCGCACGCCUCCACGACUUGAGCGUGCGACGGGUACGCGCUAGGCUCCCCUGCGUGACGCGUCC